AUGUCCACCCGUCCCCAAGUCCACGGCCUCUCCCUCACUCCUCCCACCCAAUGUGUGCACUACAACACACCCCUCGACAUCAUCGCCAUAAAACACAAAUGCUGUCUCACCUUCUACGCUUGUAUAUCGUGUCACGCCGCGCUGGCCGACCACCCACCUCAGGUCUGGAGUAAGGUGGAACGGGAGGAGAAAGCGGUAUUGUGUGGGAAGUGUGAGGGCAUCAUGAGUAUUCAGGAGUAUAUGGAUGCGGGGGAUCGCUGUGGGAAUUGUGGGGAGGGCACGAAUCCGGGGUGUAAGGGGCAUUGGGGGUUGUAUUUUGAGGUUUGA